AUGUCCGCCCCAGCCAACAGCCUUGCAGGAAAGGUCGCCGUCAUCACAGGCGCGUCCAAGGGCAUCGGCCGCGCCACAGCCCUGCGGCUCGCCUCACUCGGCGCCAGCGUCGUGAUCAACUACGCCUCAUCCGCCAAAGAGGCCGACGAUCUGGUGCGCCAGAUUGGUAGCGACCGUGCUCUUGCCGUCAGGGCCGACGCGGGCAGCAUUCCCGACUUGGAGAUGCUGGUCAGCAAGACGGUCGAGAAGUUCGGCAAAAUCGACAUUCUCAUCCCCAACGCCGCCGUGUUGCAAAUGUGCGAUCUGGCUGGCACUACCGAGGAGCAAUUCGAUAAAGCCAUGCAGCUCAACGUGAAGGGGCCCUACUUCCUCUGCCAGAAAGCGGCGCCGCACAUGUCGGCGGGCUCGCACGUUGUGCUCAUCAGCACGUCCGUCUGCCAUUUCUCGAGCAUCAUGCCGAACUACCUUCUGUAUGCUACAACGAAGGGCGCCAUCGAGCAGAUGACACGGGUGAUGGCCAAGGACCUGGGCCGCAAGGGCAUCUUCGUGAACGCUGUAGCGCCGGGCCCGACGGGCACGGAGCUGUUCUUUGAGGGAAAGAGCGAGCAGCUGCUCAACACCAUUAAGGGCUGGACCCCGUUCAACAGGAUAGGCGAGCCCGACGAGAUAGCGGAGGUCAUCGCUUUUGUUUCAGGAUCCAGAUGGGUCAACGGCCAGGUUUUCAAGGCGAACGGCGGCAUGGCGUAA